AUUGUUUCAGCUCAUCGGGGAGACUAGUUUCAUACGGUUCUCAGAAUAGCGCUCAGCAAAGCAAAGAAUGGAAAUGAGAUCGCGAGCGCAGCGCCAGGUAGUGCCUGGUCACAUCACGCUGCUGGCCGUGCUGCUGYCCCUCUGCUGCCCGGCGGCGCCGGAGCGGCUGCGCUAYGCGAUUCCCGAGGAAAUGRRSAGCGGCUCCGUGGUGGGGCCGCUGGCKCGGGACCUGGGGCUGAGCCCGGCAGACCUGCCCGCACGGCAGCUGCGCCUGGUCUCGGCGGCUAGAAGGCAGCUGAAAUACUUCUCGGUGAGUGCGGACACGGGGCACCUGUACGUGAGCGAGCGUCUGGACCGCGAAGAGUUGUGCGGCCACUCGGUGUCCUGUUCCGUUAGUUUCGAGGCUUUCGUGCAGAACCCWCUCAACGUUUUYCACGUCGACGUGGAYAUCCAGGACAUCAAUGACAACUCCCCGGUCUUCAGCAAGGCUGCUCUCGAUCUAGAAAUCGCGGAAUGGACUGAUCCCGGUGCGCGAUUUCCACUUGAGAUGGCGCAAGAUCCGGAUGUGGGAAGCAACUCGYURCUCASCUACCARCUCACCGAAAACCCYUCMUUCAGSYUGKMAGURAAGGAAAGYCCAGAUGGAAGYAGGCAGCCCGARCUSGUGUUACAAGCAGSUUUGGAUCGCGAGAAGCAGAGCUCGUUUGAGAUGGUGCUGACGGCGGUGGACGGCGGGUCUCCAGCGAGGUCGGGCACUGUCCAGAUUCRCAUCAACGUGACAGACGCSAACGACAACGCGCCYGUGUUCAGCAAAAGCAGCUACGAGGCGCGAGUGCGGGAGAAUGUGGCGACGGGCUCGCUGGUGCUGCAGGUGCGAGCCACGGACGCGGAUGCGGGCUCCAACGGACGAGUCUCCUACUCCUUCAGCAAUGUGCCCGACGCCGUCCGCGCUGUCUUCAGCAUAGACAGUGACAGUGGUGACAUCCGCAAUGUGGGAAUUCUGGAUUACGAGGAAUGGAAGGAGUACACCUUCGGAGUGGAAGCAAGGGACGGGGGUGGGCUGAGCAGUCACUGCAAGGUACAUAUAGAGAUCACGGAUGAGAACGACAACGCGCCCGAGAUAACGACGUUGUCUGUGUCGACCUCAAUACCGGAGGACUCCCCGCCCGGCACCGUCGUGGCCCUCGUGAACGUGCACGACGCGGACUCUGGCGAGAACGGGAAGGUGUGGUGCGAUCUGGAGGGCGAGUCGCCGCUGUCGAUCGUGGCGUCGUCGGGCAGCUCGUACAAGGUKGUGACGGCGAGCGCGCUGGACAGGGAGCGUGCGUCCGAGCACAACGUGACGGUGGUGGCGAGCGACCGGGGCAUCCCGUCGCUGUCGAGCCGCACGGCGCUGUCGCUGUCCGUGUCGGACGUGAACGACAACGCGCCGGUGUUCGAGGAAGCCGC